AUGAUUGAUCUACCAGUUUUCACCACAUGUGACUGUUUUGAUCGACAUGUUCAGACUGACCACUUUAAGGAUGGUAGUAUAAUUCCGCCGUCAGCAAAUGCCGGAUUUAAGGGCACAACACGGUAUGCGUCGAUAAGAGCUCAUCAAAAGAAGGAACUCGGUAGAAGCGAUGACUUGGAAUCUUGGUUAUACGUUAACGUUGAAUUUAGUACGGGACGUCUGCCGUGGAAAUCCGGCAAAGGUAAAGCGAAUCAUUCUUCGAAAGUCUGUUCCCAAUAA